AGACUACAACAAAAGAGUUUGCGUGGAGAGGAAAUGUGAGGAAUGUGGCACGCACAAACUAAAGAGUCUUUUAUAUCAAGUUGAACAGAAAGACACAGUAUCUUGGCAGUUAUGGGACUCUGUGAAACACGAAAACGGCACUAGGAAAGAGCUUGUUACGGAAAGUGGAAGUGGAGAGCAGUUCUCAGCAGAAUUCCUGAAAGAAGUAGAAGCACUAAGUCUUCACUUGCACAACGCCAAGUGGGAACACUCCCAGUUUACAAAUCUCACUUCCAAGGCCCUCCCAAAAGGUUGGGUGGUUAUGGUUUUAGAUUUUGGACAGAAUUACACAUGCAUCAAUCAGGACGAAGCACAAAGCGCUCAUUGGUUUCACAAUCAGGUCACCGUUCAUCCAAUUGUGACAUAUUACAACUGUCAAAACACCCAUUGUCAUGAAAUUGUGAAAGAAGAGCUAGUGAUGCUGUCCGACGACCUAAACCAUGACACCAGUGCUGUCAAAGCUUUCAUCAGACAGGCUGAAGAUCAUCUCACAGAUAAGAGAAAUCUAAAGAUAGAACAUGUGGUACAGUUCUCUGACGGAUGUGCAUCACAAUACAAGAGCAAGCAAGCCUUUCAUGACAUUUCUGAUUCCACAAGCCAUUCAACCGAUCGGUGUUUUUUCGGCUCAAGACACGGAAAAGGCCCAUGUGAUGCCUGUGUUGGGGUGGUCAAAUCCAGCAUCCGAAAUGCGGUCUUGAGAAGAGAAGUUAUAGUCCAAUCAGCAGAGGAUGCUUUUGGGUACUGCAGGAUAAAGAUGACGAGGGAUGAGACGGAUGACCAAUGUAAUCAUUCUAAAAGAACCUUCUUCCUAGUGAAAAACAUAUCGCACAGAAAGAAUUCAAAUUUGAUGACCAUUGUUGGGACUCGAUCUCUCCACUGUGUGGCAUCAGUGACAGGACCUGGUGAUGCAGUGUGGACAAGGAACCUAUGCUGCUACUGCGACGUCUGCAUUGGUUACGAGAGUGGACUUUGUGAGUCAACCGGCCAUGUUGACAAUUGGACACUGCAACCUUUGUUACAACAGAAAAAAUCAGCUAUUGAAAAGUCUGGAAAAGACCUGAAAGUUGCAGAGACAGAGAAAGCACCCAAAACUGCCCAGAUGCAAAAGGAGUCGAAGGAAGAUAAUGCAGAAAACAAACUUAUGACUAGGGAUGAAAACACGGAUGUGCUCAUCAUAGAACCAGAGAUAACUAGACAACACUUUUUCGCAAGGUGCACUGAAUACCUUGCCAAAUGCAAAAAUUUUGGGAACUUGCAAGCUAGGGCAAUCUACUUAAAAGAACUAGAUUUAUACCAAAAAUAUACAGUAGAAGUAGAAAGUGGGGUAUCUAUUUUGAAAAAUAAACUGACUGUAGACAAAGUGGCCCUUACUCUUCAUCCUGGUCAGUGCAGUUUUGGUUACCCAGUAGUCGUUGUUGGUGAUGGAAAUUGUUUGCCCCGAUCUGUGAGUGUUGCAUGUUAUGGAUGUGAAGAAUACCAUGAGGAAACAAGGGUCAGAAUUGCAGUAGAGAUGUCCUGUCAUGUGGAAAUGUACACUAACAAUGAUUACUUGUGUAGAGGAAUUCCUGAGCCAAUCAACGAAAACCUAGUCUCUUUGUAUACUCAAUUUUCCGACCAGUAUAUUGCUGGGGAUAAAAUUACAAAUGCUGUAUCACAAAGAACAUUUGAAGCUGAAGCAGUUGCAGCAACAAAACCAAAAGAACUUAUGGGAAUAUGGCAGUUAUUUGCUAUUGCCUCUGUUCUUGGUUGUAAAGUGGUAUCCAAAUAUCCAUCACAAGGAGCUCAGAUACUAACAUUGGGUUUACACAGAGAUAUCCUACCAAGGGACAAGUUAAGAGAAGCUACCAUUACAAUCAUGUGGAGUUAACAAGAAAUGACAUGAAUCAGACAAACUGGGUACCAAACCACUUUGUCCCAGAAAUUCCUGUGGAUUCAAAUACGGAAGUGCCAAGGGACCUAGAUGCUGUGCUGGAGGACUUUGGUGAAGGGGUAGAGGUGAUGGAUGAGUGGAGCGACCCCAUUAUAGAUUACAGUGAUGGAAACAUUAUGGAAUUAUCGGGCCUCUCUAUGAUUUUGGAUUUCGAUUUUACUGACCAGGCUAAUUUAUCAACCAUGGACCAGGCUAAUUUAUCAACCAUGGACCAGACUGAUCUACCAACCAUAGACCAGGCUAAUCUACCAACCAUAGA